GUCAAAUCAUAUUUCCCACCUUUACACAGCGAAAGAACAUCCAAAACAAUAUACGGAAAAAAACUUGAUAUUGUUUUACGCAUAAACGAGAUGAAUUAUUAAAGAUGGUUCCAUCAAAGAUAAUAUUUAAUACAAUAAUGCAGAAGAUAAUUGGUUUUGUCCGACUGAUGUUGACACAACGUGGGACAGGUAGCUUCGUCUCACCUGAACAGUUAUAAACAUUCUGCCUUCGCGUUGGAAGUAUCCAAUAGGAACAUUGAACAGAAGUCUAUAUUUGUCUUCUUAUUGAAGAAAAAAACUGGUUCCAAAUACAAUAGUGUUAUUUUUGAAGACCUGCAAGACAAGUUUUCCAGGUUUAGAAUGAGCGGUGAUCAAAGCUCAUUCAGUGAAGCAGAAGAUACAAGCGAAGAACUCAAAGCCGGUCUUUCAGAAAACAACAACGUGCCAGAGAAAAAAGGACAUAUUGAACAGGAUGGCCCACCGGACGAUAUUCGGGCAUUUUUCGGACACCCAUUGGCUGCAACAAACUCUAUUAAUGGUGAGGACACACAAUCAUCCGCUGCCGCCUUAUUACAUGAAUACAUCAACCUACCCGCCUUAGAUAAGAGUGGACUGAAAAUAGGAGAAAAACUUCAUUUAUUACAAGAACUCAUUAGGGACAAAAAGGAGGACUUACAGGGAAGCGAUGGAUCGAAUGACUACAUGAGCGUCUUGCAAACCGAAGUUGACAGAUUUUUUAAUAUGCAAGAAAUGCAGGAAAAAUCAAAAUCAGAGGACAUUGUGGCCACAAGCCAGGAGCUUGUGGAUACUCAGGGAAUUUUAGACAAUGUAACGAAUAACAGAGAAGCGAGGAAUGAAAAUGACAUUGUGUUCUCAUCUGCAGAGGAUUUAUCAUCAUGUAUUACAACUAGUGCUUCAAAUCACGAUUCAGAUGCAGUCAUUUAUACCACAUCAAUAGUGCAAUCCCCACCAUCAGAUUCAUGUAUCAUUACAAACUGUGACAAAAUUCUCCCAAAUUAUAACGAAUCAAUUAAAAAUAAAAACAAUGGAAACAAACAUCAGAAUGAUAUACAAAGAAAUAUUUAUGAAACAAGACCAACUAGAACAAUUGUUAAAGCACUUUCAGAAAAAAUAAUGAAAAAUAAAGUAAGUCAACAAGGCGUGACAAUGCCCGUGGGCAGUACAGUACCGUUGACUAAUGAGAAUAACGGUAUAUCAGCAAGUGCAAUGUCACGUGACGAUAGUGUGUCUGACCCUAUAGAAAAACCCGAGGAUUUCCAAAGUGUCUCAACGGCUACUUUAACGGCGCCAAAUACGGUAUCUCCAGUCACAACUUCGUUGACAACACAAGAUAGUGAAAGCAUGUCUCAUCGUUUAGGUUCACAUACAGUACUAGAAGUGGACCCUGUGUCCCUUCACAUGUCAGUCGCUCAUUCAAAUUGUUUUCCAGAUAUGCUGGUGAAUAAUUUGCAACAUUUAGCAAGUCUACAACAAUCUACUGGCAUUAGUAUUCAAGAACCAAUUACCACAACGCCAAUGAGACAGAACUCGUAUCCAGUAACGACAAACAAUUUCUACUCUCCGAACAGCAACUAUAUGUAUCCGCCAGUGACGUCAUCAUUAGAGAAUCAGGUAGUAGACAGAGAUAUAAUGAUGGAACGAUUUAUACAGCAGCAGCAGUUUUAUCAAGAACAGCAGCAACAACAUCAUCAACCAACACAUCCACAGACAUACCCGUAUGCUACCAAUAUCAAAGAAAACUACACAAUGAAGUCUCCUGAUAGUGGAUAUCACGAACCUUGCUUAUCUCCGACGGAACAACAGAACUCAUUGGUUUAUAGUAAGGAGGACAAUAAUUUCCAAGAGACUCCUGUUGCACCUCAGAAAACUGGCAAAAGACGGAAGUCAGCACCAGUGUUAUAUCCUAAACAACGAUGGGCGUCAGACAAACUGACCGCAUAUCACCCAACGAUCCCAAAAUUAGAAAUAAAUCCGACUGGUUACAAUUACUUUAUGGAUACUCCGAUCUCAACGUCCGUGCGGUUUGAUGAAGACAGAAUCACCUAUGUAAACAAAGGCCAGUAUUAUGCAUUAAGCUUGGAGUUUGCAGGGGACAGGUUACCACCAUCACAAAUGGUUAAGUCAGUAAUCAUGGUGGUGUUCAGGGACGACAAAUCACUAGAGGAUGAGAGAAAGGCAUGGGAGUUCUGGCAUUCCCGGCAGCAUAGCUAUAAACAGAGAGUCAUUGAUAUUGAUACAAAGGACAGUCAAGGUGUACAGGCCAGUAAUAUAAACGAGAUUGCAUUUAACGCCGUGGCUGUCAAAUGGAAUCCAAGAGAUUCAAAUGUUAAGGUAAAUGUGGCGGUACACUGUCUCAGCACAGAUUUCAGCAAUCAAAAAGGUGUCAAGGGACUUCCAUUACACAUUCAGAUCGAUACAUUUGAAAAUCAAAAAGAUAUAUACCCUAUCCAUAGAGGGUAUUGUCAAAUCAAAGUGUUCUGUGACAAGGGAGCUGAAAGAAAAACUCGAGAUGAAGAGAAGAGACGAACUGUUAGGACUAAAGACGGACAAGAAACUGUCAAACGAAAACGGAGUGAGAUGGAAAUGCACUGGCCACCAUGCGAACGAUCUGCUUUCUACAGCAUGGCCGACACAAAAACAUUUCCGGUUUUGUUUACUCCAGUCAGUGACCAAGAUGACAGCAACAAUAAGGCAAGUCCUUUGAGUAUUGGUGUGACAGAUGAUGAUGGAAACUCGAGCUUAACAAGUGCAGAAGGAUUUGAAGAUAUACUUUGUCCGCCUGCAAAGAGAAGCAGAACAGAUGCAUAUUAUCACGAUCUCCCAAAAGUGUUAUUGUAUGUCCGAGAACAACAUGAAACGAUCUAUACAGCACUCAUGCUACGCACACCAACUCUUCAAGGACUUCUUCAAGCUGUUGAAGAGAAGUAUAAAAUACCUGCUGUCACAGUCAAAAGUACUUACAAAAGAUCAAAGAAGGGAAUACUGGUACGAUUAGAUGACAACAUUGUACGACAUUAUUCUCACGAAUCUACCUUUGUAAUAGAACUCAAUCAAAUGAACGAUGACAAAGACUAUGAAAUAAUUCUGUCGGAACUGGAUGUCUAGUUCAUAUCACGUGACAUUAUUCCAUUUCAUACAGUGCUGAAUUGUUGAAUUUACAUGUUUAUUUGGGACUGUGGUUGGUGGGUUGGUGCUAAACAAGCAUAAUACAAUUGCAUAAUAUGAUAAUCUAUGCCAUCAUACGACAUAUGAAUAUGAUAAUCUAUGCCAUCAUACGACAUAUGAAUAUGAUAAUCUAUGCCGUCAUACGACAUAUGAAUAUGACAUACUGCUGAGAGCAGAGAUCUCUAGUCUUUCUUGUUCCAUUUUUGUGGCAUUAUAUACUCCUUGAUGAGGAUUUAAACGGGUACAUGGUAUUGGCAAAACUUCUAGUAUCGGAUCCUGGCUCACUGUUUGACACUACCGACGAAACCCAGAGAUUGGGCCGGGAUACCAGGCUACAAAACUUUCAGAAUUUGUUAUGAAGAACACUUUCAGUGAUAAACUACUGAUUUUAGGAUUUCAUAUUGCAGUUAGUGUUCAUAGAAACAUCAGAAAACAACAUUGGUAUACAUAAAAUACCCGUUUAGACCCUCUUUGUUUGUCUUAAUCUCUUUUACAAUACUCUUUUUUUUCUAUUGAAGAAUCGUUUAUACCAAAGUUGAUAUUUGUUUUGUCUAUGUUUGUUAAUGUUUUUGUACAGAGAAUGUGUAUAGUUAUUUUUCUACUUUUUGAAACAUGAUGUACGGUUAUUUUGUCUCAAUUCAUUGUACAUUUUAUAUAUAUAUCAUUCAUGUGACUUUCAUUUGUUCAUGACAUUCCUUAUAAGCAAUAUUUUGAGUUUGGUCAGAAGAAUUAUAUGACCAAAAUAUAUUUAUAACAGGGUAUGAAAUUUAAAAAGAAUCAAAAUUAAAAUUUGAAAAUAUA